UCUUCGCGCGCGCCGCGCCUGUAACUAGGGUAUUUCCCUCGUUUCGAUUACGAGCACUCGGGCUGCGCGAGCUCGUAAAACGAGGGCGACGCUGCCCCGAGGCAGCCCCCAGCGGCGAAAGCGAGCUAUUUCGACAGCUAAACGAUGGACGCCCACCUCUACGGCGCCGUCGACGCGCCGGAAGCAGCUAGACCAGCGCGGCGACCUUAUGUGAGACGGCGGGCCGCAGCAGCGGGAGCUUUUGUGGCCCUCUGGAGCCUCUCCCUUUUAGCUCUUUCAAACACCACGCAAGUGAUGUCCAUGAAAGCGCAAGCGCAAUGUAAUAAUGAAGGCGGCUUCAUCGCCGAGUUCUGCAAUGAAGCCCAAAGCCCAGUCCUGGGCGGCGCCGACGUCGUGGCCUACCGAUCACUGCAAACAGGAUCUAGAGCAAUCCAGGGCAAGCCCGACAUCGUCGCUGAAUACAAUGGCUUCCGGUUCUGGUUCUCAUCCACAAAAAAUAGGGAUCUAUUCAUGCAAGCGCCGGAAACGUUCGCCCCCUUGCUAGGAGGCUUCUGCCCCUUCGCGCUGACGGGCUCCGACGCCAAGAUGCCCCAGCGAAGUCUGUCGGUCAAGGACCUGAAGGCCAUGGGUACAGACCCCGACCAGUGGCUCAUUCAUGAUGGCCAGUUGCUGGUCUUCCGGGGGCCCGAAGCGCUGCGGUUGUUCGGGCGGGACUUCGCGGCGAACAUGGCGAAAGCGUCGCAGAAUUGGGAAUUGUUGGUCGCGGCGCCGCGGUGUUCGGGCGAGCUGUACAACACGCAAUGUUUUAGAACGGACAAGGGCGUGCCCGCCGUCGGCGGCGUGGAUGUUGUCGCGUUCUUUUCCUUGGAGGAAGGUGCUUCUCCCGUCGAGGGCUCCUCCAAGUACCCGUUUCAAUUAACAACCACUGACGAUCGAGGGAACAAUUAUGAAUCGACCUUCCACUUCGCUUCAGCGUUAUCUCGAGCCACCUUCGCGGCGAACCCCGCGAAGUACCUACCGGCCUACGGCGGCUUCUGCUCCUAUGGGAUGGCCUUCGAGCGCGGUCCGGAUCAUGAGGAAUGGGGCGGCACGGUGGGCAUGGACGUCGCCGCGCCAGAAGAGGGCUGGCCCUGGGCCGCCGACGUCAUGGGACCGCCGACGUCGGUAGAGAACUGGAUCAUCAGAGAUGGUAGGCUCUACUUCGCAUUUUUGCCCGAAGUGAUGGCCGCGUUCCUGGACGACUUCGAGACUAAUAGACAGAGAGCGGACGAGCGCUGGGCCGCCUGGUACGGUGAUGGGGACUUAACCGGUCCCGUGUCGGUGGACUGCACGUCCCAAAACUACGGCCCGCCGGUCGCGCGGACGUGCACGCUACAACCGCAACAGAUAAACGACGCGACGCCCGCCAAAACGAUCGAGGCGGGCUGCCUGGCGGCCCUUGAUGAUAAAUGUGGUGCGGUGCAGGGCGCGAACGCGGUCGGGGUCUUCGACGACUGCUCGUCUUGUUUGUCCGCUCAUUUUUCGAGUUUGAGGGACGCGUGCCCCGCCACGACCACGGCGCUGCACGCGUCCGUCGACAAGGCGUACUGCUGGUAACACAUAGUAUUUGUUCA